AUGGCCCCCUUUUCCUCGGCCUUACAUGCACCGGUCACACAUGCCUUGACACUUUUGUGGUCCUUCAGCUCCGGCCUGCCCUCUGCCGUUCACGUCCGCCGGGGCGCUGCCCUGCUCUCACCCUUUCACGUCCGCUUCUGCUCCACCCUGAGGGGUCCGUUCCCAGUUUGCCAGACAUGCUCAGGGUCUCUCUGCUGCCGCUCCCUACCGCCCGCUAGCUCUGUCCUCUAUGCGGUUCGUUCCCGGUCCGCUUCAGCCCCCGGCCCGCCCUCUCCCCUUCCCGUUCGCUGGAACGCCACCCCGCCCUCUCCCUUUCACGUCCGCUUCAGCUCCACCCUGCGGGGUCCGCACCCAGUUUGCCAGAUGUACUCAGCGUCUCCCUGCUGCUGCUCCCUGCCGCCCGCUACCUCCGUCCCCUCUGCGGUUCGUUCCCGCUUCGCUUUGCCUUCUCAACUUCUUCCUGCUUCCCCUAAUGUGGUGCGCGGGUUCGCCACCCUGCACCUCUUCACAUUACCCGCGCCGCUUCCAAACACCCGGGUCUCGCUGCUCUCCCUGCGGCCGAUCACGGUCGCGCAUUCCCGGGUUGGUGAACAAACCAGUGAUAAUCAGGAUGCUGAUGUAGAGGUGAUCCUUCCAGCCGAACUGUCUGAGAGAGCUGAAGAGCAACAAAAUGACCUAUCAAGGCUCAUUUUUUCUGUAUUUAAUGACACCGAGCUAUUUGAGGAUGAAAAUAAUAGCACACUAUUAAAUCAACAAGUGUUUGGAAUUUUUGUGGGAAACACAAGCAUUCAGAACUUAACAGAAGGUGUGACUAUUAAGAUUAAUCACGGUAACACAAUUCCGAAUGGAUCACAUCAGUGCGUAUUCUGGUUUGAAAAUGACAACGGUAAGCUGAAGGCCAGUUUAAAUGUUUCAGACCUACGCCAGGACAACACUCUGGAUGAAAGUGAUGUGGUCGCAUUAACGUACAUCACAAAGAUUGGCUGUGGGAUCUCUGCCAUCUUCUCAGCUGUGACAGUACUCCUUUACUGUGUGAUCAGGAAGAGGAAAGGUGAUCACACCACCAAGAUCCACAUUAACCUCUGCAUUGCUUGCUUUCUCCUCGACGUGACUUUCCUGACCAAUGAGUGGCUUAGUAAGCUGAUGAUCGAAGGUCUCUGUAAGACUAUCGCGGUGUUCCUUCACUAUUCAUUGCUGUGCACGUUAACAUGGAUGGCAAUUGAAGGACUUCAUCUCUACCUGAUGCUGAUCAAAGUGUUCAACACCUAUAUCAAACAUUACAUACAAAAACUGGCUUUUCUGGGUUGGGGCAUCCCUGCUGUGGUGGUGUCUUUGUGUAUUGCAGUGGACAAGAACAAUUAUGGCCAGUUUCAUAUCAAAACACAGGACAAUAACAGCUCAGUUUCAAUGUGCUGGAUAACAAAUUAUACCGUCCAUUAUGUUACAAACUGUGGCUUUUUCGGCAUUAUAUGGCUUGGGAACCUAACAAUGCUGAUCACCGUCUGUGUCAAGCUCGCUCAGAUGCGGAAAGGAAACAAUUCUGGGUCAAAAUCUGUGCGGAAGGAUCUGUGGACGGUCCUCGGUCUCAGUUAUUUGCUGGGCAUCACGUGGGCUUUGGCAUUUUUUUCCUAUGGACCAAUGACCGUGGUCCAAAUGUACCUGUUUUGCAUCUUAAACUCCUUGCAAGGGUUUUUCAUAUUCUUGUGGUACUGCGCUAUAAAACGACCGUCCAAAGAUCAAACUACAAACGACACAUCAGAUAAAUAA